AUGGUAUUCGGUAUGAAGAGAUUCUACAAGUCAAGAUCGACAUGUGUUAACAUAUCUGAAAGAAACCCAUUCUCCUAUGAGCCAUGGAGGGGAAGGCGAACCUUUGAGGUAUGUGUUUUUCCCUUUGCCUCUUCAGAUUAUUCGAUUUUGAUUGAAUUUCAGUCCAUGUUUGAGAUCCUGGAAGCAGAUAUCGUUGUUCUCCAGGAAACCAAGAUCCAACGCAAAGAUCUACGUGACGACAUGGUCCUAGUGCCAGGGUGGGACUGUUAUUUCAGAUACUCGGGUGUUGUGAUUUACACACGCAACGGCACAUGCUCUCCUAUUCGUGUAGAGGAAGGCAUUACUGGAGUUCUCUGCCCACCGAACUCAUCUGUGCCGUUCUGCAACCUUCCGGAAGAGCAGCAGAUAGGAGGAUAUCCGACAAAUGAUCAGCUAUCCAGGCCAAACAUGGCUCCAGGCACCCUUGAUUCAGAACAAGAGGAAGAUUACCUGCAGUUGGCACCUGAUGCUAAAAUAGAUGCAUCGACUCUCGACUCUGAAGGCCGCUGUGUCAUUCUGGAGUUUCCUGCAUUUGUUCUCAUUGGUGUAUAUUGCCCUGCCUAUCGUGACGAGACUCGGGAUAGCUUUCGCAUGGAUUUCCUCAAUGCACUCGAUUCCCGGGUCCGCAACUUGACUAAGAUGGGAAAACGUGUGAUCGUGACUGGGGACAUCAAUAUCUCAAAGCAGGCCAUAGACAGUGCUCACGGGCUUGAGAGCAUACGCAAAGCUGCCACUUCAGCUGAGGACUUUAUAUCCAGCCCCGCCAGGCGGUUGUUCAACCAACUGCUAUCAGAUGGCGUGGUUAUCGGCGAGCGCGAGCAAGGCCGGGAAACACCAGUUCUUGCUGAUGUAUGCAGGAAUUUCCAUCCACAUCGCACCGGCAUGUAUACAUGUUGGGACCAGAAGCUCAAUGCUCGGCCGGGGAACUUCGGAUCGAGAAUUGAUUAUGUGCUGUGCAGCUUGGAUAUGCAGGACUGGUUCUCGGAAUCAGAUAUCCAAGAAGGGUUAAUGGGCUCGGAUCACUGCCCUGUCUAUGUGGUGUUCAAAAAUUCUGUUAAUCUCUCUGGGAGCCAGACGUGUAUUCGGGAUAUACUCAAUCCACCGGGGAUGUUCAAGAACGGUGAGCGUCAACAGGAGUAUAUGGGUAAAUUCAUGCUGCCAGCAUCAGGGCGUCUGCUGCCAGAAUUCGAUCUCGAUAAACGCAUAAGCAUCAAGGAUAUGUUUUCACGCAAACCCGCACCUGGUUCAUUGAAAUUGGAACGCGAGGCUGCCACGACGGCUUCGACAGCUGAAACCCCUGGGACUGAAGCUAUGAGGUCGACAUUUACAAAUCAUGACUUUCCGGACUCGUCACAGAGGGUCACCGCAGUUACCACCAAAAAUACCCAACUAAGUCCACGCAAACGCCCCCAACCUCAGUCUGUCAUAUCCCUCAAACGACCGAAGACCGCCAAUUCAGCAACUUCGGCAACCCCUGGAGUCUCGAAAGGAGGUCAGAAGACAUUGAAGGGGUUUUUCAAGCCAAAACCUGUGGGUGAUGGCGCAUCUGCUCUAUCACAUGGAGCAUCUGUGGGGCGGCAGACCUCACCUCUCGACUCCACGGCAUCAAGCCCCUCACAUGGAACCCAAAACAUAUCUCUCGCUGAUUCUCAGAGCUCUCCGGAAAUUGAAAACGACAGCUCGACAGAAAGGGAGCGCGAUCAACAUGUCCACUUGACAGUUGAUCCAUUAUCUGCCGAUGACUUUGUUGUCGAUCCAAUUGCCAGCAAGGAGGAUUGGUCGAAGCUCUUCACCAAGAAGCCACGCCCAUCGUGUGACGGACACCAAGAACCAUGUAUUAGCCUGACGACCAAAAAGCCUGGGAUGAACCAUGGACGCCUGUUUUGGAUUUGCUCACGACCAUUGGGCCCCAGCGGGGAAAAAGAGAAGGGUACACAAUGGCGAUGUUCAACCUUUAUCUGGGCCAGUGAAUGGAAUUCAUCUGCAUCAUCACCGCACUGA